GGUGAAUUGGGCAGAUAACAUUCCAAACAAAUGGUUCUAUUCAGACGGUGGUGGUUAUUGGUUGCUAGGUGGCUGUUAUCUAAAAAAGUAACUAGGAGGAAAGUGAUACGGUACAUUGCCCUUUACAACAGGUAGUUGAUGUGGCAAAGCUAACGGUAGGACUGCUUUAUGAGGUGAUAUGCUAAGUGAUUGUAAAUCUGAUUGUCAAAUGUAGUGAUGAGAAUGGAGAAGCCACCAAUCUAUGGUGCAGCAUCAGAUUGCAAACCACUAACCACCUUUGUUCAGACAAACUCAGAUGCAUUCAGGGAAGUAGUACAACGUUUAACAGGUCCCUCGGAAGCAAGUGCAGCAAAAGAAGGAGAUGCAAAAAAGGUUGCAACUAUGAAAAGGACAACCUCAAAACUCCAUGAGAGAAGGAAAUACAUGAAGCCAAAAGUUGAGAUUGUUAAACCCACUUUUAAUUAUAAAACAGGUGCAUGUUUGUCACCCUCUAAGUCAAGAAGUUCUAGCUUUCCUCCAAGCCCUGGAUCAGGGAGUUCAAGCCUUCUUCCAAGCCCCACCACCCCUUCAACAUUGUUCUCUCUGUUGAAAAUUUUGGAAGAUGAAAAGAAACAAGAGUCAGUGAUGCCUGAAGUGAACAAAGAAGAAGAAGAGAAAGCUAUCAAAGAGAGGAGAUUUUAUUUGCAUCCAUCUCCAAGGGCUAAACCAGGCUACACUGAGCCAGAAUUGCUUAAUUUGUUUCCUCUGGCAUCUCCUAAUGCAAGUGAGAAAGUAUAAUUUUGACCAUCUGUGACAUGAUACUCUUUUAUGUUCAGCAUGAUUAAUCAUAUACCAACGUAUGGGAGGCAAGUACUUCGAGUAAGUGAAAAUAUGUAAUGUAUGCCUCCUAUUUAUUUAUUUAUUUAUUUAUUACCAAUUUGUAACACAUGCUAUUUUAAGGAGAGUUACUUUAGUUCUAUCUUCA